AUGGAGGAAGCAUUUGGCGAGACGCAGGAUGCAUCGAUGGGGGAAGAUGAAAGUUUCCGGCGGGCCGAGAGGCAGUUGCGGGAAAGAACCCGCGCGUUGAAAGUGCUGGCCCGCCGCGUGUGGGCGACGGAGAUGUCGAACACAUCUGCAGGUGCCGCGCAGCAGACACAAAUCCCCUCCGCGGAGGGGGCGGGGGCCGUGCUGGCCUUUGUGGCGCCGCUCCUGCUGCCCCCCUCCGAACCCCAUCUCCUCCACCUCAUCUGGACUCGCAGGUUUGAUGCUGUGGCCGCGGGCACGGGCCAGGUGAAGGCCAAGGAGGGUGGCAGUGAAGACGAUGGUGCCCACAUCGAGGAGGCCGGCCGACUGCUGGACUUUGCCGUGGGCUGGGUGGCGGCCUUCCCCGAGGACUUCAAGGGCGACCACCCGGUGAUCGAGCGGAUGGCCGACCAGGCGCGCCGGUGGCAGGAGGCCAUGCGCGGCCGCGCCGACAUCAAGCAGGGCGUGCGGGCCGGCCGCCUGGUGCUGCGGCUCGAGGCCGCCAAGGUGUCGACGCUGGCCUACGCCGGCGGCGGCGACCGCAUGCAGUCGCUGCUGAUGCGCGCCGGGUCGCAUCUGCGCAACGUGGCCGCGGCCCAGGCGGCGUCGGGCCGACGCCGGUCGCUGCGCGUGCUGGUACGGCAGCAGGCCACCAUCUCCGCGGCCUCGCUCCAGCAGUCAGCGUCGGCCCACCCCGUGCAGCAGCCCGGGCCGCCACAACACCAAAGUCUCCCCGACCUCAGCACCAGCGGACCACUCACACCGCGACCGAGCGAGUACCAGAUGGACUUCAUGGCGUUCGACGCGGGCGCGAUCGCGCGCGAGCUGACCCUGAUCGAGUUCGGCCUGUUCUACAACAUUCGCCCGCGUGAGCUACUCAAUCAGGCGUGGCAGCGGGAGGACAAGGAGAAGAAGGCGCCCAACAUCAGCCUCCUCAUCGCCCGCUUCAACGAGGUGGCGUUCUGGAUCGCGACUGAAAUCCUGCAGACACAGGGCAGCAAAAUGCAGACGGUGGUGAUCAAGAAGCUGGUGGACGUGGCGAGCCAGUGCUACGACAUGGGGAACUUCAACACGCUGAUGGAGAUCAUCUCCGGCCUCGCCCAUUCGUCGACCGCGUGGAAGGGCUUGGGCGACCGACACCAGCGCCGAUUCGAUGAGUUGGAGCAGCUGAUGAGCCCUCGCAACAACUUCAACGACUACCGGGAGCUAUUGAAGAAGCGAACGCUGGAGCAGGCGGAAAAGGAGCGGGAGCGGAGGGAGAAGAAGACCAGCAAGAUGGUGGCCGUCCCGCCGAUCCUGCCCUACUUCGCCCUCCUGCUGCGCGAUCUCACCUUCAUCAACGAGAACCCCAAGUACCUCGCCAAGGACCACGCCUCACCUCGGGAAAGCGAAAGCGAAAGCGAUAGCGAACGAGAAAACGAAAGUAAAAGCGAAAGCGAUAGCGACGACGAGUACGAAAUUGUCGACAGCGGCGGCGACGACAGCCAGGACGAAAGCGGGAGUUCGCGUCGCAAGCGAACACCGGUGAGAAAGGGGCGCGAUGAGGAGGAGCUGGAGGUCAACUGGGACCUGAUGGUGAUGCUCAAUCAGGUGCGCCAGGUGAUCCAGCAGUACCAGCGCAUCAACUACACCUACGCGCCCAACCACGAGCUGCGGCGCGUGCUCACCAACCUCCAGUUUAUCUCCGACGAGAACGAACUGUGGAAGCUCUCCCAGCUCUCCUUCUCGGCCACCAGCGAAAAGAAGACCCACCGACGAUCGCUGUCGGCGCCGUUGAAGAUGAAACUGGAGGCGCUCCUGCAGCACGACGACCGCAACAGGAACCGAACCGCUGCGCGCGAGACGAAGGAGUGCGUCAUGAGCGACGAGGAGGCGCGUGGCGGCGGCAUCGAGAGCGGAAUGCUCGACUGCAUCGACUGCGAGGAGGAGUGGGAGCGGGGCGCGACAUCAUCGGCCCCCACCCGGCGGGAGCCCACGUCGCCGCCCUGGCGAUCGAGCACGGGCCGCGGCGACGCCGACGGCGCCGAGGGGCAAGUGGUCGAGGAGGAGACGCCGUCGCGCCGGAAGCGCAAGCAGGCGGCGGCCGCGGCAGCGACGGCCUCGGCGAACAGGGAAGAGGCGCCGAGGAGUCGGUGGGAGGGCGGCAAGAAGAAGGCCGAGUCCAUGUGGGACCAGUUCCUCCAUCGCUACUUCAGCUCCCAUAUCCCCAGCAACCGUGAGAAUACGGACAGCUGGCGCUUCUACCAGUCGCUGACGAGCGGAAUGGACGACCAGCUGAGCGAGAGCAACGAGGCCCUGCGCAGCAAGAUCAACGGCCGCGCCGGGGUCCGCAGCGGCCUCUCCCGCAGCGACCAACCCAAGAACUCCACCGCCUCUACCACCACCACCACGCCGAGCGGCAACAACAAGUUCAAGCAGGUCGCCGACGACGUCAAGACGCGCAAGCACAGCAACGCCAACGGCGACGCCGGCGGCAGCGGCGGCAAGCAACGUGGCGGAAGUGGUGACUUCUUCCAGCACUUGAGCGGCGGCGCCAAAGAGAUGCUCGAGAAGACGGUCAACGACAGCGACGUAGGCGGCGGUGGCGAUGACCGACCACAGCCAAGGCGCGAGCGCGCGGCAACAACGACAGACGUCGUGACUGCGGCCACGUCAUCGCUCAUCCUCAUCGCCGACGCCGAUGUCGACGGCGACGGCGGCCAUGCCGCGAUCGCAUUCCGGCGCGAGGGCAGCUUCAUCCUGUUCGAGAACUUGGGCGGAGGUGCCCAGGCCAUGCUCAAGCGCGACGACGUCCUGCCGCCCACCUCCACCACCUCCUCGCCCACCGCCACGCGCAAACAACAACCAUCAUCAUCGUCGUCAUCACCCGCGCCAUCACUGUCGCCGCGAUCAUCGUCAUCGUCGUCGGGUGCCAAGUCGCCGCGCUCGGCCGCCAACGGAUCGUCGGCGUCGCUGCCGGUGCGCAAGGGGCGAGCCCACCGCACGUCACUGGCCACGGCCACCUCCGAGUUCCUCGUCGCCCAGCGCCCCGAGGGCGGCGCCGACUGA